ACCAAUUAACCUGCUAGCAAAUCCCGUCCUGCUUUGAUUUCACUGUUUUAAAAUCGUCUUGUACGCUUAUUUUAUGCUUUUUAGGAUGUUUUUAUUUUAUUAUUUUUAAUUGACAAAAUAAUUCAAUCUUAUUUUUCCCUUUUGAAGCAUUCGCUGCCGAAAUGUUUGCUUUUUUUUAACCAAAAAUGCCAUCGCCUUUCGCUUGUUUGUUUUUUAUCCUUUAAUUUGUUUUAUAGUAUACCUCUGCGUUCAUUGGUCGAAUGCUUAUUAAAUAGUUAACUAAUCAAUUUUUAAUUAUUUGUUUACUUUUGUUGGAGUGAGGAGCGCAAAUAGUUGGUGUGAACAGCUGCAUGCUUUGGGUCUAAUGAUCGAUGGAAAGAUAGUAAUGGGAACCAAAGCUUUAUUUUGAUGAAUGGAGUGGAUUUGUUUGCGUUGUUCAUCUCAUCUGAUCUUGCUUUGGAAUGUCUACUCUCUGCAAAAUAACUAUACUUGUGAGCCUGUGAGUAUCCUGUCUCAAAGAAGGACACUGUUUUCAUUAAAGGGAAAUGGGGCAUACUUUGAUCAAGAUUAAUCCAGGUGAUUCUCAAAGGAGUGAGCAUCGGAAAGGUCAGAAUUCUGAUGAGGACAAUAGAAGGUUAGAAAGACGAUGGAGGAGAUGGGAGCUUUCAAAUGAUCGUCUGAAGCACAAUCACUGUGGCAGUGCUACAAAAUCAAACGUGAAAGGUUUUGGAAAUAUGGCUAUUUUAACAGGAAAAAAUGGUCUUGUUUCAGAGGAUGAAAUUGAUGAAGAUUACAAAAUGUUUUUGGAUACCUAUAUUUCUGAUAUUGAUGUUGUCACUGAUGUUAAUGUUGAUGGUUCUGAUUUUGACAUUAGUGCUGGCUACAAUAGUAACAAUGAUGAUGAUUGUGAUCCUCAUUACAAAACAUUCUUGGAGAAUUUGAGGGAAGAAGGGGGUUCCCAUUUAUACUCAUGUUCUGCAGAAAACAAGUCUGUUCAUAAAAGGUAUGGGGGUCAAGACAAAGAACGGUUGCAUAAUGAGCUCAAGUUAGAUACUAUGAUGUUAAGGGGUUUGAAACUAAAAGAUGAGAUUGGAAAUCUAAAAAAUAAAGUGAGUGAUUUAAUGAGAAAACAGACUGGUGGCCCAAUGGAAUCUCGGAAAAAUUUGGAGACUGAAAGAGGACCUUGUAAGAAAAGGCCAUGUCAAGACUUUUCUAAAGCCCCCAAGAGCAUUUACCACAGUAAUGUGGGGUUAGAUGAUGUGGAUGAAGAUUACCAGAUAUUCCUGAAUUCUUGUAGGAUAGAAGAUGAUGGUAUGGUCUAUAUGGAUAGUGAAUUAAUGGGAAAGAGUUCAACUGUUAGGCAAAAUUCACAAGUUUCUAAUCAUUUGUCUGGUGCUCCUGAAACACUGAAUGAAAUUGACGAUGAUUACCAACAAUUCCUGAAUUCUAUUGAGAUUGUUGAUGAUGAUUGGGUGUUUAUGCCUGAGAGGGAUACCUCAAAGACAGACAGUGUGGAUGGUGGAAGUAAUUCGUCUGACCCAGAUCUUAUUCUUUUAGAACCUAAUCAAAUUUAUGAGAACACUCCAUUCGUUUCUUCAAAAACAUAUGAUGCAUCUUGGUUUGAAAAUAAAAUGAAUCAUGGAGACAGCUGGCAAUUCUCUGCAUAUGAUCAUUCUCAAUUUAGGAGAAGACUCAUGCAAGAUCUUCUAAGGCCGUAUGACCAAGAAGAAUGUGAUAGACUUCUGCAUGAAGUACAUCAGAAAAGGCAAAAGGAACGCCAUGUAGAAACACGUCGGGGGGUGGUUAAGUCUUAUCGCGCCAAGGGUGUCAACAAAUCAUAUCUUGAGUUGUAUCCUGAUCUAGCUAAAGCAAUUACUGGAUUCAAGGAACCAGAAAGGGUUUUGUUUCUCUUGCGUGGAUUUAUUUUCUGGUUGCAAAAUUUGACCCACGAAGGAAUAUUUCAGCCUUGGCUUGACAAAUCCUGUUUGGACAUUUUACGGAAAAUGUAAAAAUGGAAUCUUGUCAUAUCUAAGAUUUGGAAGCAAGAGUUUGACUAACUUUACAUAAUCAACAUAGUUUAUGUACAAUUAAAUUUAUCUCGGAACUUUGACCUUGGUGGUGAAAGAAAGAUUGCUAGUUAUUCUCAUUAGGAGUUUUUUCAAGAUGGAAGCCACAUGUUAUAGGAGUUCUUUAUGUUUUAUUUUUCUUUUCUGCUGUGUCCGUGAUUUUCUUUUGGCCUAUUCUUUUAUUGAACAAUUGAGAGUAGAUGAAGGAUGAUAGAGAGGCGCUUUGGUUGCUACUAACCCAUGUGGGAAAACAUUUUGUAUGCUUCCUGAACAUUGGUUGUUGAGCUGAAAUGCUAGUAGUAUAGUUUAUACGAGU